AUGGAGAUUCCGGGGUAUUAUUACGAUGCUUCUAAAAAGAAAUACUUCAAGGUGGAAAGCGGCUCGACUGCCUUGUCGGCAACCUACUCCUCUGGCGCUGUCAAACGGCGCAAGAUCCACGACGCGGCUCGGCAGGAGGCCAGCCGUCGGGCCGACUUGGUAAAGAGGCACAUCAAACGACACGGGCUGCAGAAGGAUGUGGUUUCUGGGGGUCUAUUGAGCCGGGAGGUAGAGUGUACUCGUGUUGCGGAGGAUGGGCGAGGCAGGAGGUUUGAUGAGGACAUUGGUGCUGCGGCGUGGGCUGGCGGCCUGCAGAGCAAAGGGCGCGUUCCGUUUAUGCCGAGUUUCGGGAGAGGAAGGGAGGUGAAUAUGAGUUGCUUUUGGGUUGGGAGUACAGGAGUUGUGUAUGCGACGUUGGAUGAAGAGUCACUGCUGGGGACGUAUACCUCUACGGAUGAUGAUGAUGUACUGACGUUUGGGACGGAUCCGGUGACCGGCGAACGACGCCGAGCCCCCCGGUUCCGAACCGAGAUGAUACGGUGCCCGCAGAUGUCGUCCAUCAAGUACCAUGAGCCGUCGCACAAGAUGUUGCUGACGUCGCGGGAGCCGGAUCAUAGCUGCGGACUGUACUUGUUCUCGCCGCUUGUUUCGGAGGAGCCCAGGACGAGGGGGCAGUGGUUGUUGGGAGAAACCGACCACUACCAGCGCCUCACCAUCCAGCGCCGCAUCCGCGACGAAUGGCUCGUCCACCAGAGCACGCCCGCGCCGCCGUCAUCCGACCUCCUCUGCGUGAUGGGCACCAACGCCGGCGUCGUGCUCGUCCGCUCUGACGACUCCAUGUCCUGGGCGGCGCCGGCCCAACCCCCCAAAGGCACGCAGCUGCCGCAGGAAAUCUUCGACCAGGACUUCCAGCCCUCCAACCACAACGUGCUCCUCGCGGGCGGCCGGCAGCCGCGCCUCUGGACGACGGACCUGCGCACCCCCGUGACGGAGUGGUCCUGCGCCCGCCAGCCCAGCUCCGUAGCGCACCUGCGCAGCGUCAACGAGCACCACGUCCUGACGGCCGGGCUGCAGGACAAGAUGGGCCUCUACGACAUGCGGUUCUUGAGGAAAGGGCCGAAUGGGGCGGCGCCGCUGCUCUCCUUCCCGGGGUACAAGAAUGCCGCGCACUUCCACACCGGGUGGGACGUGAGCCCCGACCUGGGCGUCGUGGCGGCGGCGCAGGACAAUGGCACGGUCAGGUUGUUCUCGCUACACACGGGCAGGACACUUGGGAGCAGGGCACUGGGCGCCGUGAGCACCGACACUCCCAUUCGGGCGUUGAUGUUUCACAGCAUGACGGGCGACAGACUCCCGAGUUUGUGGGUGGGCCAAGGGCAGACGUUGAGGAAGUUUUCCUUUGGGGCAAGGGCCUCUAAUGACCAGGUCUGA